GAGGGCUCCGAAGGGUAGGGGUGGGUUGAGAAUACUUUGGCACAGAGGUUCAGCUUCUUUAAAAAGCUUUAGUUCUGUUGCCACUAGGCACAUAAUCUUGUGCGUCGAUUGUGUCGAUGAUCUGCCGGUUGUUUCUUUGGACUGUUGCACAGAAUGGAGCUUCCUCAACUGGAACACGUGAGGCUCCGCAGAUGUGACAGCGCAGCCUCCGUGCCUCAGUUUUGUAACUCCCCUACACUGAUUGUCAUGGUGGGAUUGCCUGCCAGAGGGAAGACGUACAUCUCCAAGAAGCUGACUCGCUACCUGAACUGGAUAGGGGUUCCCACAAAAAUGUUUAACGUGGGCCAGUACCGGAGAGAGGCUGUUAAGAUCUAUAAGAACUUUGAGUUCUUUAAACCUGACAACGAGGAGGCCAUGAGGAUCCGCAAGGCCUGUGCUGCAGCCGCACUAAAAGACGUCGCUGCCUACUUCACAAAGGAACAGGGCCAAGUAGCUGUAUUUGAUGCUACCAACACCACGAGGGAGAGGAGGGUAGGCAUCAUUAGUUUUGCCAAGGAGAAGGGCUACAAGGUGUUCUUUGUGGAAUCCAUAUGUGACGACCCAGAAAUCAUUGCAGAGAAUAUCAAGCAAGUAAAAUUUGGGAGUCCGGAUUAUGCUGAUCGUGACAUAGAUGAAGCAAUGGAAGACUUCAUCCAGCGCAUCGAGUGUUAUAGGGCACAUUAUGCACCUAUUGAUGAUGAGAAAGACAGGAAACUCUCCUACAUAAAGAUCUUCGACGUGGGCUGUAGAUAUCUAGUGAACCAGGUCCAGGACCAUAUUCAGAGCCGGAUAGUCUACUACCUCAUGAACAUCCAUGUCACACCGAGAUCCAUCUACCUGAGCCGCCACGGAGAGAGCGAACUGAACUUGCUAGGUCGCAUUGGCGGCGAUUCAGGCUUGUCCCCUAGAGGACAAAAGUAUGCCAGUGCCUUGGCGACCUUCAUCAGGGGUCAGAAGAUCAGGGACCUAAAGGUUUGGACGAGUCACAUGAAGAGGACCAUCCAGACUGCAGAGGCUUUGGAAGUCCAGUAUGAACAGUGGAAGGCUCUCAAUGAGAUAGAUGCUGGUGUGUGUGAGGAGCUAACCUAUGAGGAGAUUCAGGAGAAUUUCCCAGAUGAGUUUGCACUGAGAGACCAGGACAAGUAUCGUUAUCGUUACCCCAAGGGUGAGUCCUAUGAGGACCUCGUCCAUCGUCUAGAGCCGGUUAUCAUGGAGCUGGAGAGGCAGGAAAACGUUCUGGUUGUCUGCCACCAAGCUGUGAUGCGCUGCCUGCUGGCCUACUUCUUAGACAAACCUGCAGAUGAGCUGCCUUAUCUACGAUGCCCCCUUCACACUGUGCUCAAACUCACACCAAUAGCCUACGGGUGUAAAGUCGAAUCAUUUUUCCUCAACAUUGAAGCCGUCAACACGCACAGAGAGAGGCCGGGGAACGUCGACAUCAACAGAAACCCAGAGGAAGCUCUGCAGACUGUUCCUGACCACAUAUAAAGAGUGUAUUGGAAGAAAGAGAUUACGGUUACAGGAAAAAUCUGCUUCUGUCUUAAAGAUGUCUGUGAAAUGUUUCUGCGUCUUAUCUGACUGAAUGUGGUGUGCUUUUCUUUUACGUGUCACAUUGUUUACUAAAGAUCCAUAGAAACUCCUUGUGUCUUGAAGCCAAAAGAAAAACACAUAUACACAUGUAGAGAGGCUGUGUUUCUAACCCAGGCCUUCAUGCACAUGUACAGAUAGUAAAUCUAUUGUUGGUAAUCCAGAUAUUGAAGUGGGAGUCAGCACCUUGGACAGCUCUCAGACAAACAAACCAUUUGCUGUAAGUUGAGACUGUAACAAUUGAAAUGUAUGCAUUAUAAAAUGCAGGUGAGUUUGAAAGAUAACAAAGUAAAUAAAUAAUAUAAAGAAAGGUC